AUGGUGAAGAGGAUGCCGGGAAACCAUAUUGUCAGCCUUACGUCACUUCCGGACGACAUUGUGUUCGGCCUGCCUCAGCCAAUCACUGCCCUGUCUCUAGCACCUACGUCACAGGACGAUAUACGUCAGUCUGGGGACAUGGUGUAUCAUUUAAUUAACGGAACCAACAGUUCUUAUCCUCAACCUCAGGCGCUAGCCAUCACAGUCAUACCCACCAUCCCAGGCACAAACCUGACACUAUACCUUCGCUACGGCGACUUCCCAACAAGAGAUGUGUACAACAUGACAACGUCUGUGGUUGGCUCUGGCUCAGACUUCUCUUUCCUUCUCCCGGACCUGAACGAAUCGCCUGUCCUGUAUCUUGGCGUAUACCGUGACCGGAGCAGUACACAGGGAGGGCCUGGUCACAACCUGAGCGUGAGAGGGCUGACUUGUGAUUUUUGGAACGAGAGAUCGCACGAAUGGAGAGAGGAAGGUUGCAAAGUCAGCCCAAGUUCUACAACAACGAAGACGGUUUGUCUCUGCAAUCAUCUGGUUGAGGAUAGGACCGACUUUGCCGCCAGUUUCUUCACGCUUCCAAACACCAUCGACUUCGCCACCGUGUUCAGCGCGGACCUGGGAGAGAACCCGGCUGUGUUCGCCACAGUCCUGGCGUUCCUGGGUCUCUUCUUGGUCGGCGCGUUCUUUGCCAGACGAGCGGAUAAACUGGACGCCAUUAAGGCAGCAGUGUUUCCUUUGCCCAACAACAAACCGUACGACAGACUACAGUACCUCCUGAAGAUCUACACCGGUCAUCACGUCGGCUCAGGGACCGACUCAAAAGUAGCCUUCCUGCUGACAGGAUCGCUAAACGAUAGCGACGUGCGAGCUUUGGGAAACGAAAAGAACGUUCUCACCACCGGUGAGUGUCGCACGUUCCUGAUGACGACGUCCUACGACCUGGGGCACCUCCAGACCCUCCACAUCUGGCACGACAACGGCGGGAAGGGAACCCGUGACUCCUGGUACCUGGAGAAGGUCGUCGUACUUGACCUCCAGAAUGACCUAAGUUACACGUUCCUGUGUGAUGACUGGCUCGCCGUGGACAGAUCUGACGGCCUCACCUACAGAACCAUCCCCAGCGCCUCAGAAACCGAGCUCAUGUCCUUUGGUCAUCUUUUCUUCUCUCAAACCAAGAGAAACUUUACGGACGGCCACAUCUGGAUGUCGACGGUGUCGAAGGGGAUUUCAAGGAAUUUCACUAGAGUACAACGCCUGGCCUGCUGUCUGUCCAUCCUGUUCUGCACCAUGAUCGCGAACGCCAUGUGGUACCAGACGGAGGACAACGUGGAGUCUCCCGCAGCUCUCACCAUCGGACCAAUCAGCUUCACCCUCCACCAGAUGUUCGUCAGCGUCAUGAGCAGCCUGACCGUCCUGCCUGUCAAUCUCAUCAUCGUGCAGAUCUUCAGGAAGACCAGGAAUAAGCCAGACGACAAGCACGUGUUCGCUGAAGACCUAGUGCAGCAGACUUCCGGUUUGUCGGGACAGCGAGUGCGAGAAGCCCAGUAG